UGUGUAUGUGACAAAUAACAUUUGAUUUGAUUUGAUUUGAUUUUAGCUAUCUCUGGUGCCUCUACAGCUAACUCUGGUGCCUCUACACCUCACUCUGGUUCCACUAACUCUGGUGCCUCUACAGCUAACUCUGAUACCUCUACAGGUAACUCUUGUGCCUCUACAGCUAACUCUGGUGCCCCUCCAGCUAAAUCUGGUGCCACUAACUCUGGUGCCUCUACAGCUAACUCUGAUACCUCUACAGGUAACUCUUGUGCCUCUACAGCUAACUCUGGUGCCACUAACUCUGGUGCCUCUACAGCUAACUCUGAUGCCUCUACAGCUAACUCUUGUGCCUCUACAGCUAACUCUGGUGCAGGGCAACUCUGGUGCCUCUACAGCUAACUCUAAUGCCUCUACAGCUAAAUCUGGUGCCACUAACUCUGGUGCUGCUACAGCUAACUUUGGUGCUGCUACAACUAACUCUGGUGUCACUAACUCUGGUGUCUCUACAGCUAACUCUGGUGUCGCUAACUCUGGUGCCUCUACAGCUAACUCUGAUGCCUCUACAGGUAACUCUUGUGCCUCUACAGCUAACUCUGGUACCUCUACAGCUAACUCUGGUGCCUCUACAGCUAACUCUGAUGCCUCUACAGCUAACUCUUGUGCCUCUACAGCUAACUCUGGUGCAGGGCAACUCUGGUGUCUCUACAGCUAACUCUAAUGCCUCUACAGCUAAAUCUGGUGCCACUAACUCUGGUGCUGCUACAGCUAUCUCUGGUGCCUCUACAGCUAUCUCUGGUGCCUCUACAGCUAACUCUGGUGCCUCUACACCUCACUCUGGUUCCACUAACUCUGUUGCCGCUACAGCUAACUCUUCUGCCUCUGCAGCUAACUCUGGUGCCACUAACUCUGGUCCUUCUACAGCUAAAUCUGGUGCCGCUACAGCUAACUCUGAUGCCGCUAUCUCUGGUGCCUCUAAAGCUAACUCUGGUGCCUAUACAGCUAACUCUGGUGCCGCUACAGCUAACUCUGAUGCCGCUACCUCUGGUGCCUCUAAAGCUAACUCUGGUGCCGCUACAGGUAACUCUGGUGCCGCUACAGAUAACGCUGGUGCCACUAACUCUGGUCCCUCUACAGCUAACUCUGGUGCCGCUACAGCUAACUCUGAUACCGCCAUCUCUGGUGCCUCUAAAGCUAACUCUGGUGCCUAUACAGCUAACUCUGGUGCCGCUACAGCUAACUCUGAUGCCGCUAUCUCUGGUGCCCCUAAAGCUAACCUUGGUGUCUCUACAGCUAACUAUGGUGCCUAUACAGCAAACUCUGGUGCCUAUACAGCAAACUCUGGUGCCUAUACAGCUAACUCUGGUGCCGCUACAGCUAACUCUGAUGUCGCUAUCGCUGGUGCCUUUACAGCUAACUCUGGUGCCUCUACAGCUAACUCUGGUGCCUCUACAGCUAAUUUUGGUGCUGCUACAACUAACUCUGGUGUCACUAACUCUGGUGUCUCUACAGCUAACUCUGGUGUUGCUAACUCUGGUGCCUCUACAGCUAACUCUGAUGCCUCUACAGCUAACUCUGGUGCCUCUACAUCUAACUCUGAUGCCACUAACUCUGGUGCCUCUACAGCUAACUCUGGUGCCUAUACAGCUAACUCUGGUGCCGCUACAGCUAACUCUGAUGCCGCUACCUCUGGUGCCUCUAAAGCUAACUCUGGUGCCGCUACAAGUAACUCUGGUGCCGCUACAGAUAACGCUGGUGCCACUAACUCUGGUCCCUCUACAGCUAACUCUGGUGCCGCUACAGCUAACUCUGGUACCGCCAUCUCUGGUGUCCUCUAAAGCUAACUCUGGUGCCUAUACAGCUAACUAUGGUGCCGCUACAGCUAACUCUGAUGCCGCUAUCUCUGGUGCCCCUAAAGCUAACUUUGGUGUCUCUACAGCUAACUAUGGUGCCUAUACAGCAAACUAUGGUGCCUAUACAGCAAACUCUGGUGCCUAUACAGCUAACUCUGGUGCCGCUACAGCUAACUCUGAUGUCGCUAUCGCUGGUGCCUUUACAGCUAACUCUGGUGCCUCUACAGCUAACUCUGGUGCCUCUACAGCUAAUUUUGGUGCUGCUACAACUAACUCUGGUGUCACUAACUCUGGUGUCUCUACAGCUAACUCUGUUGUUGCUAACUCUGGUGCCUCUACAGCUAACUCUGAUGCCUCUACAGCUAACUCUGGUGUCUCUACAGCAAACUCUGGUGUCGCUAACUCUGGUGCCUCUACAGCUAACUCUGAUGCCUCUACAGGUAACUCUUGUGCCUCUACAGCUAACUCUGGUGCCUCUACAGCUAACUCUGGUGCCACUAACUCUGGUGCUGCUACAGCUAUCUCUGGUGCCUCUACAGCUAACUCUGAUGCCUCUACAGCUACCUCUUGUGCCUCUACAGCUAACUCUGGUGCCUCUACAACUAACUCUGGUGCCUCUAACUCUGGUGCCUCUACAGCUAAUUCUGGUGCCUCUACUGCUAACUCUGGUGCCUCUACAGCUAACUCUGGUGCCUCUAAGUCUGGUGCCUCUACACCUCACUCUGGUGCCGCUACAGCUAAUACUGGGAUACUACAGCUAACUCUUCUGCCUCUACAGCUAACUCUUCUGCCGCUACAGCUAACUUUGGUGCCUCUACAGCUAACUCUUGUGCCUCUACAGCUAACUCUUGUGCCUCUACAGCUAACUUUGGUGCAGGGCGACUCUGGUGCCUCUAAAGCUAACUCAAUUGCCUAUACAGCUAAAUCUAGUGCCACUAACUCUGGUGCUGCUACAGCUAUCUCUGGUGCCUCUACAGCUAACUCUGGUGCUUCUACACCUCACUCUGGUGCCACUAACUCUGGUGCCGCCAGCUAACUCUGGGAUGCUACAGCUAACUCUUCUGCCUCUACAGCUAACAUUGGUGCCUCUACAGCUAACUCUGGUGCCUCUAACUCUGGUGCUUCUACAGCUAACUCUUCUGCCUCUACAGCUACCUCUGGUGCCGCUCCAGAUAACUCUGGUGUCACUAACUCUGGUGUCUCUACAGCUAACUCUGGUGCCUCUACAGCUAACUCUGGUGCCUCUACAUCUAACUCUGGUGCCUCUACUGCUAACUCUGGUGCCUCUACACGUCACUUUGGUGCCACUAACUCUUCUGCCUCUACAGCUAACUCUGGUGCCUCUACAGCUAACUGUUCUGCCUCUACAGCUAACUCUGGUGCCUCUACAGCUAACGUUGGUGUCUCUACAGCUAACUCUGGUGCCACUAGCUCUGGUGCUACUACAGCUAACUCUUGUGCUGCUACAGCUAACUCUUCUGCCUCUACAGCUAACUCUGGUGCCUCUAGAGCUAACUCUUCUGCCUCUACAGCUAACUAUGGUGCCUCUACAGCUAAUGUUGGUGCCUCUACAGCUAACUCUGGUGCCACUAACUCUGGUGCCUCUACAGCUAACUCUUCUGCCUCUACAGCAAACUCUGGUGCCUCUACAGCAAACUCUGGUGCCUCUACAGCUAACUCUGGUGCCUCUACAGCUAACUUUGGUGCUGCUACAAAUAACUCUGGUGUCACUAACUCUGGUGUCUCUACAGCUAACUCUGGUGCCGCUAACUCUGGUGCCUCUACAGCUAACUCUGAUGCCUCUGAAGCUAACUCUUGUGCCUCUACAGCUAACUCUGGUGCCUCUACAGCUAACUCUGGUGCCUCUACAGCUAACUCUGGUGUCUAUACAGCUAACUCUGGUGCCUCUACAGCUAACGCUGGUGUCUCUACAGCUAACUCUGGUGUCUCUACAGCUAACUCUGGUGCCUCUACAGCGAACUCUGGUGCCUCUACAGCGAACUCUGGUGCCUCUACAGCGAACUCUGGUGUCUCUACAGCUAACUCUGGUGUCUCUACAGCUAACUCUGGUGCCUCUACAGCUAACUCUGGUGCCUCUACAGCUAACUUUGGUGCCGCUACAACUAACUCUGGAACCCCAUACCAUCAAGUCCUUUGCGUUGUGUUAAUCCAACCCUUGGGUUAGUAAAUGUGAUUAAUACGUUGCAGAGUGUAUAAAUCUAAAUAUUAGGCACCACAUCGCUCACAUUCUCCCAGAUGUAGAGUUCCUCCACUUAAGCAGAUAGUAGCUGGACACCAAAGGGUUUUUAAUCAUUGGUAAUUGAAGACCCUGCUGGGAGCAAAUGAGCCUGACAGCAGGGACAGCAGAGUCUCCUGCCAUUUGCUCUCUCUGGCUGUACAUAUUCACUGCAGCACCGUCCGCCACUCUGUAUACACACACACACACACACACACAGCUCUCGUCUGUCUCCUUCCUGCUCUCACUAACACUUACGGGUCCUAAAAAGCAGACAGAUAUCGCUAAUCAUGUUUGUACCAGACACUAGUAGAGUGCCAAGGUUAAUGACUAGAUAGAGUUUAGCUAAGUUGUUGAGUGCCGAGCAUCUGAAGACUCAAGGCUUUCAGAUCUCAGCUCUUAGCCGUGUACAGUAUAAUAAGCCACGCUGGGAUUGUUUUCAUAGUUAAUUGCACAGAAAUAACAUGUGCCAUUCUAUUUGCUAUCUUCAGUCAUGAUAGUCAUGUCAUAGUUUCAGUGAGUUUGGAGACCAGAACUUGAGAUUGCCUUGGUUUGCUCAAGCAUUGCAUUAUUCGGCUAGGCAAAACUCUAUAUUCAUAGGAGGAAGUGGCAUGAUUCAAACAGGAUCAGAUUGGCACAGACCUAAUGAAGGGAAGGAGACGGAACUCAUGGCUUCCAUUUGUUGUUAUUAUCCAUGCGAUUGAUACUGAUGACACUGCUUCCAUUUAAAUGUAAUGACAUCCAACAACUGCACUAGAAUACCAUCAUCAUCAUUAUCUGGUGCAAGAUGACAGCAGACAGUGCUUCUUUCUGCUGUCUCAGAUCACCUCAUUACCCAUUAACCCUCAUCUCCUUUCCAGCAAUAGUAGCUAGCUAAUGUCCCCUCAGUGUCAGCAUCAGAGACACACUCAUUGACACACUCACACACACACAUACACAGACACACACACACUACCUAAUAGGCAUGUGAUUUAUAGCACGGACAGUUUAUUUCUGUCUGACCAGAAAUCAGGGCAGAGAGAGGCCAUAAUUACAGUAUAUUGGUCACAAUUAGAGAACUAUAUAGGGAAUAUAGUGUGCCAUUAGUGAUAUAUGGACAUCAGGAUGUCAGGCAGGUGCUGCAGAGCACAGAAGAAGGUCUGAUCUGAUCAGCAGUGUUUCCCAUGAUUCCAUGUCUUUUCCUUCCUACAGAGCCUAUUAGUGUGUCAGUCCUACCAGGCUGGCCCUAAGCAGUGAGCAUGCUGCUUCCCAGCCACGAAGCACUUAGCCUCAGUGAUCUGUUAUGUUCGGAGGCCUGCCUGGAAGAAUCAAACAUAGUUUAGAGGGAUAUAAGCUAGACUCUUGAGCAUGCACACACAAACACACACA